CUAAAACAUGCAUCUUAAUUUUCAUGUGAGCAUCCCCCACUUUGAUGAUUACCUAUGCUCCUCAAUCGCCACUUUCUCUUGCUAGUCAUCAAUAGUAUGUACUUGCAUCUACCACCACAUCUGUUGAUUCAUCACUGAAACAACCCACCAAAACCUCUCCAGUACUCGUAAACUCAUUUAGUCAUCUGUUUCUUCUAGCUAGCUAGGUUUGCCCAAUGGGGAAGUCAUGGUGGUGGGUGAUAGCUGCUUUGUUCAUGGUGGCUUUGCAACAGAUUGCAGAAGGUUAUCAACAGUUACCUUGCUAUUUCAUUUUUGGAGACUCGUUGGCCGAUAAUGGCAAUAAUAAUUUCCUUGAUACCCUUGCUAAAGUCAAUUAUGCACCUUAUGGGAUUGAUUUCCCUUUUGGCCCCACUGGAAGGUUCACCAAUGGUCGGACCACCGUCGAUGUAAUUGCUGAACUGUUGGGUUUCCAAAAUUUUAUUCCACCUUUCGCAACUGCCUCUGGCACUGACAUACUCUUUGGGGUGAAUUAUGCGUCAGGAUCCGCAGGAAUUCGGAAUGAAACAGGGCAGCAGUUGGGUGAGCGUAUACCCCUUGAUAUGCAGUUAGAACAUCACCAAACCACUAUCUUGGAUUUGGUUGACAUACUGGGAACAACGUGGGCAACUGAAUGGUAUCUGAGCCGGUGCUUAUAUUCUGUUGGAAUGGGCAACAAUGAUUACCUUAACAACUACUUCUUGCCCGAGUAUUAUAAUACAAGCAAAGAAUAUACCCUGCAACAGUUUACUCAACUUCUUAUUCAACAAUACAACCAGCAACUAAAGACCCUGUACGAUUAUGGAGCACGAAAAAUUGCCUUGUUUGGGGUGGGGCAAAUAGGUUGCACACCAGGUUCAAUUGAAAAAUAUGGCACAAAUGGUUCUACUUGCGUGGAAAUUAUGGAGGAAGCAUCCCAGCUUUUCAACAAGAAGCUGAAAUCAGUUGUUGAGGAGCUGAAUGCUAAUCUAACAGAUGCGAAAUUCAUAUACAUAAACUACUAUGCAAUUGGUGCAGAUUCCUCUGUUCUUACAGAUUUUAAGGAUUCAAGUUCUGGGUGUUGCCCUGUUGCAAUUGAUGGUGAGUGUAUUGCAAAUCAAAUUCCAUGCAAGAACAGGACAGAGUUUGCGUUCUGGGAUUCUUACCAUCCAACAGAAGCUGUCAACAAAUUCAUCGGGGAAAGAUCUUAUAGUGCUUUGGAACCAUCCGAUGCUUACCCAUUCGAUAUCAGCCAUUUAGUUCUGCUUAAUCUUCAAGAUGCAGCCUACAAGUGAAGGAAAUUAUCAUCAAGAAUUGUUAGGAGUACUCAGUUUCUCUGUUGUCAUCGUGGUUCCAGGUUCUCAGCUUAAUCUACACAGAAACUGUUCCGUGAACAUAUUCUAAUUACUGUAGCUUCUAAAAUCUGUGCUAAAGAUGCAGAUGAAUGGGAAUUUUCACUAUGUAUUCAAACAGUAAAACAUAUAAUUUAUAUAAUAAAGAUAUUUAGUUAAUAUUGUGCUUAA